AUGACGCGGUCCCGAUCAGCUACUACCGGGGACUCGUCCGCUGAGGUGCUUCCAAGUCUCCGCCUGACGGCAUAUUUCGACCAGAGGUCAAACCGACCGUCUCUCACUUUCACGCCCGUCUCACGAACACUGCCGACCGGCAAGGAGGUCAUCAAGGUCGGACGCUACUCGGAGCGGGAGAACCACGUACCGAUACCUUCGAACACUCCUUCCGCAGCCCCAGUCGGAUUCAAGAGCAAGGUCGUCAGCCGCCGGCACUGCGAGUUCUGGUACGAGGACAGCAAGUGGUACAUCAAGGACGUCAAGAGCUCGUCGGGCACAUUUCUCAAUCAUAUCCGGCUCAGCGCUCCAGGCACCGAGUCGAAGCCUUAUCCUCUCAACGAUGGCGAUAUCGUGCAGCUCGGCAUCGACUUCAAAGGUGGCGAGGAAAUGAUCUACCGAUGCGUUAAGAUGCGAGUCGAGCUCAACCGUGGCUGGCAGUCGAAGCCCAAUACAUUCAACAUGGCAACUCAUCAGCGGCUGCGGAAUAUGACGUCAGCGUCGGCCACGUCGGCGUCGUCCCAUGCUCAGGACUGUUCUAUCUGCCUGAACAACAUCGCACCCUGCCAAUCGCUGUUUGUGGCGCCGUGCUCGCACACGUGGCACUACAAGUGCAUCCGGGAGUUACUAAUGGGCCCGUCCUAUCCUAUCUUCAUAUGCCCCAACUGCCGAGCUGCUACGGAUCUUGAUGCCGACGUGGAGGAGCCCGAGUGGCAACAGCUCGAUGGCGGCAUUGACGAGGUUCAGGAGGAAAGGGCUGAGCCAUCCACAUCUCCGGACGCGAUCAUGGAGGACACCAACGUCGAAGUGCCAGAGGUGGAAUCGCCCGAGGGAGCCGGAUCUUCUGGUCCGUCCGACGAUGUCGGUGACGUAACAAUGCACUUUGACCGCCAGAGCCCACCUCGAACCUUGACCUCGCCGCCUGUGCCGAUUCCGAGCUCGUCACCGUCUCACCUGCCGGCCACGGGCGAGGCUGUCAGACGCCGAAGAACGCCUUCGCCUAACAGCGCGUCCUUGGCUGUCGUGACGGAAGGGCCUCUGACCCCGCGUAACGAUGCUGGUCCCUGGGUAUUUGAUGGAAAUCCAGCGCGGGUCAGCCAGGACGUGCCGCGGCCCAAUGCCAUGACCAGUCUGAAUGCGGCGGCCACAGAGAGGGAGAGCUAG